AUGGCCAAAAUACUUAGACGUCAUCCAUCGAAUUCAACAAGUGAAGAUGAUGACGAUGGAACGGAUUGUCCAUUAAGUGGUGCUGAAGCAUUAGCAGCAUGUAAAGAAUUUGCUUCAGUAACAAAUACAGAUUCAGGUUUAGCUAUGAUGAUGCUACAACAAAAUGGAUGGGAUUUACAACGUGCUAUAAGUGUUUAUCAAGGUUUACAAAAUAAAUCCAAAUCAACACGUCUAAAAACUACGCCUAAGACUUCUGAAUCAGAUUCAAAACGAAUGAAAUCUAAAGAAGCCACAACUACGUCAGAAUUCAAUGAUGAUAAGACGAAAGUGAAAUCACGUUUCAAGCUUCUUUCAUGGAACAUUGAUGGACUUGAUGAACAAAUAAAUACAACGGAAACACGAAUAUAUGGAGUUAUUGAUGUUAUUAAACGAGAAGAACCAGAUGCUGUUUUUCUUCAAGAAGUGAUUCCAAAAGCUAUUGAUUUAAUCCGUAGCCUUUUACCUGAAUAUGAUUCGUAUGCUGGAAAUGCCAAAGGUUAUUUUGUAGUUAUUUUAACGCGUCGUGAAUUAUUUAACGUAGAAAAUUUUGAAAUUAUAACAUAUCCAGGAACGAACAUGGAACGAACUCUUUUAAUAGUUCAUGCAAUGUAUAAAAAUUCAAUUGAAAUCGAUUUAAUGACAACUCAUCAUGAAAGUGGCACAGAAGAAAUAUCAAGUCGAGAACGUAUCGAACAGUUAAAAUUCUGCUUUAAGUAUAUGCUUGAUGCUCCAUCAAAUCGAAUUAUUUUAUUUGGCGGUGACUUGAAUAUACGUGAGAAAGAGCUUCAAAAAAUUGGUGGUAUUCCAUCGGGUAUUGUUGAUCUUUGGAUUGAAACCGGCAAACGUCGAGAAUGUGCAUAUACAUGGGAUAUGAAUCGAAAUACAAAUGUUUAUUAUCCAUCUGAUACUUUUCGUCCUCGAGCACGUUUCGAUCGUCUUUAUUUUCGUUCGUCAAAUGACAACACAGUGAAAUUUAAACCAGUCUAUUUCGAACUUGAAGGUCUUGAAAAAUUACCAUCCAUAAAACGCUAUUGUUCGGAUCAUUGGGCUAUACAAGCUUAUUUUGAUAUUUUAUGA